AUGGAGGACUACACCAGAGAAGUAAGCGGUGAUUCAAGAAAUCUUAUGAUAGAUAUCUACAGCGACGGCACUACGUUAAGUAGCUCAGGCACGCAAAGUGCCAACAACAUGAGGGUGAGAUUCGCUAAUUUGAAGGGACGUACAGACGUCUGGCAGGAGGUUGGAAUUGUCCCGACUCCGAAGUUUGACAACAUCGAGAAGCGGCCGUCUGAUGACGCUGUAAAAAAGGAAAAAGUUCAGCUGUGGCAUAACUUCACGUUUCUGGUAUUGAGGGAAGCACUGUUGAGGUCUCAUGCCGGUACUACUGUUGAUGGCGUCAAGGUUUUCCCCCGAUUGAGUAUGAACGUCGCCGACCAAGUGCAGGAGAGGCCGACGUGUGGUCUGAAAGGACAUGACAGCUUUUGUGAUUGUACGCACUGCACAAUGCCUUCCCGAUUGAAAAAGCGAAAGCGAGCUUUCCAAGCACCACAAGACGAAUCUAGAACAGAAAGUGAACAACAAUCUGCACCAUCCUUUCUAUCUAAUAAUGAAAGUGAGACUUCCUUCGUGAAUCUGAGAGCGCAGCCACAUGUGAAAAUAUCUGGACAACCCAGACUGCUCCCACGUCCUAUCCGGGACGAGAUGUCUACAAAACUGUGA